AUGAACUUCCGUGUCCUCCAUCUGUCUUUCGUGGUGGACGAGGGUCUCUCGAAGAACGUCGCCUACAAAGCUCGCCGAGAAAGCGGCGCCCUGAAUGCCUGCACCGGGGACCUCGAUGCCUCAGCUGGGUUCACGAUAUCUGUGGCGGGAUUCAUGGCGCUAAUCGCGGUUGGAGCUGCUGGCUUUGGAGCUCGCGCCUGCGCAGGACUCAGGGGGCCGAUCGCUUCCCGAGGCCGUAGCCUUACCGUCACCAAUAUUACAGAUAAAACGUGUUCCGGAACAAUGGUUGAAGAGAACUGA